CGGGGGGGGGGGGGGGGGGAAAUCGGCUCACUUGUGGGGAUCCAGCGCCCCCCAUUUCCCCCUGGAAACGAAAAGCGCGUCCUCUGAGAGCCUAGGGAGCCCGUCCUGUCGAGCUCCUUCCCGGGGCCUCUGACAGAGACCCCAGCUUCCCUUCUUGUGGUCCCAGCCAGGGUCCUUUGACCCUGCCCCAAAGCAAACUGAGCUCUGCCUCGGUCUUUCCCUCUCGGGGAAUUUGUGUUUAAUUUUUCAAGAUUUUCCUUCUUGAAGCUUGAGUAUUGUAUUCAAAAUCUGACACAAGGCUUGGAUAAUUAGCAAGAAAGCUCAACCAUAAACUGCGGAGUCAAAACCCCGUAUCGCUGCGUUUCUGCCCCAAGCAAGAUGCACCUUCAGCACUGAAAGCAAAAAGCUUUGCUUUUAAGGCUUUGUUUUUAAGAAAUAUGCAAGACUUCGGUGUAUGUCCUGUCAUCAGCAUUUGACUCAUUUCAUAAAUAUAAAUUCGAUGGGGUUGUAUACCUCGGCUUUGUGCUUCUUGUCCUCUCAAAGUCUUGGGGCCAUAAAUCAUUCUGGAAUGUCUUUGAAAAAUUUAUAUCACAAAGUUGCUUGAUUGAAAGACGCAGCCGUGACAAGAAGAUGCCUGACCGUGACAACACCUAUAACGGUAGUGGUAGCGAUGAGGCAAGCGCCAACACCGACGACAUCUGCCGAGACUUCCUGCGCAACGUCUGCAAGCGGGGCAAACGUUGCCGUUUCCGCCACCCUGACAUCAACGAGGUGACCAACUUGGGGGUCAGCAAGAACGAGUUCAUCUUCUGCCACGACUUUCAGAACAAGGAGUGCGUCCGCAUCAAUUGCCGCUUCAUCCACGGCACCAAAGAGGACGAAGACUGCUACAAAAAGACCGGGGAGCUUCCCCCGCGCCUCCGCCAGAAAGUGGCAGCUGGCCUUGGCCUGUCCCCAGCUGACCUCCCCAACAGCAAGGAAGAGGUUCCCAUCUGCCGAGAUUUUCUCAAGGGGGAUUGCCAGCGUGGGGCCAAGUGCAAAUUCCAGCACCUGCAGCGGGAUUAUGAAUAUGAUGCCCGGGGCCUGACUACCAGGGAACAGGGGAUCACCACCCCUGUGCGUCGCUAUGACCCCUAUGACCCAAUGUAUGACUCUGACCGAUGCUAUGAUGACCAUGACCCUGUGCUCAAAAGACGGCGCGUGGAUGGGCUCCACUUUGAAACGUAUGAAUACAACUUCACUAGUCCGCGCACGGUGGAAUAUCGUCUCCUGGAAGAAGAAAACAUCAUGCUCCGCAAACGAGUGGAGGACCUCAAAAAGCAAGUCAACAACCUCCUGGCCACCAAUGAGGUCCUUUUGGAACAGAACGCCCAAUUCCGCAACCAAGCCAAAGUGAUGACCCUCAGCUCCACGGCUACGGCCACCGAACAGACUCUGGCCCCGACCGUGGGCACUGUGACCAACUAUAACCACAGCAUUGCCCAAACUCACACAACUCUGAGCAGCCAAGCCCUGCAACCACGUCCCGUCUCCCAGCAGGAUUUGGUAGCCCCUGCUGGAGCGCAGGCAGCCCCCCCGAGCAACGCGGCCCCUCCUAUGAACCCUGAAAUCACCCCGCUGUCAGCAGCUUUGGCUCAGACCAUUGCCCAAGGGAUGGCUCCCCCUGUAUCCAUGGCCCCCGUAGCUGUCUCGGUAGCGCCAGUGGCUGUGUCGAUGGCUCAGCCUCUGGGGGCCAUUACCAUGAGCCAUGCCACUACUCCCAUGGUGACCUACCCCAUAGCCUCCCAGAGUAUGAGAAUAACGGCCAUGCCUCACUAGCCCACAUUCGGCAGAAGUGCCAUCGUUCAGUCUACACCGUGCUGUUCCUCAGUCGAGGGUGGGCACAAAUCCUGUUGACAGUCAAGGCAAAGAGAAUGAUAUUGAUCCCAGAGAUGGAUCUUGAAGCCUCUGGAAAGCUCAUGGGGAAGGACUAUAACCUGGGUUGACAUUUUGUCUGAAACAGGCAUAGGGGCUGUCUUUUCACAGUGAAAACAGAGCCCAGGCAUAACAGAAAAACAAGCAACAAAAGCAUUUGGAAAAUACAGAGCCUCAGACAUUUUUUUCUCUGUAUCCUAUUUCUGUUUUGUUGUUCGUCUGUUCCCUUUGUAAGUCCUCCAGUUAUGCUUUUGAAUAUAAGAACUGAGCAAACUUUCCAGACUGUGGAUUACAGUGUCUAUUGUGUGGCUGAGCAGAGGGAAAAUAGCAGUUCCUUCCCUGGUACUGUACUUGUUCAUGGAGUGGAGGGCAGUUUUCCUUAGCUCAGUCUGACGAAAGGCAGAGACUUAAUAAAAUAGCAGCUCAGCAGACUGAGUCAGCCUGAAUUCUUGCACUCUUUUUCUUGGUGUAGAAAGGCAGGAAUCCAGGCACCUGGAAAAUAACUAAUUUAAAUUGUAAUGGUUGAAUAGACAAUGAACUGGAAAGAGUUGCAGCAAACAGAACAUCCCUUCCUUUGGGGUAGAUUAGCUCUUAGUUCUGGAAAGAACAGGUUCAAAGCACAGAGACAGCACUGAUAGCUUGAUAGUUUGUGUAGUGGAGGCAAUUGCAUGUGUUUGCAUAUGUGUGUGAAUCCACAUACCUUAUGGAUACACAACACCCACAGAGAUGGCAUCUCUUUAGAAGAAUGUUGAGGGUUUCAAAGAGUCCAGGGUUUAGUGACAGGAUCUCUUGCUGCUGAACAGCUAGCUCACCACCUUUCUUCUACUUCCCUAUUGCUUUCUGGCUGUAUUUUGUGCCUGAAUUCUUCUCACAUCCAAGGACUUUGUGGUAGAACCCUACUUCACUUUUUGCUUUGUUUUUCAAGGCACCACAUUUUUUAUAGAUACCUUCCCUCAGUGUGAGUUUUUGGCUGUCUUUUCUGGGAGGGUUUUUUUUGUUUUUGUUUUUAAUGUGAACUUCAGCUCCUCCUUGAGUCUGAAGUAACUAUUAAAAUGAUUUGAGGGAAAUGAGAAAAAUGUUUGAUGACCCAGCUGUUUCUACAGUUAACAGUGUAAAUGUUUACAGCUAUUAAAACAAAUGUACAGUCCUCAACUAUAUUCAUCCCUGUAAUGAUUUUCUAAAUUAAAAAAAAAUCCUCUUCUGUCUUCUCCCAGCGCUUUCUGGGAUUUCUACACACGUAGUAAAGAAUCCAGUUUCAGAUCUUGAAGCUCUUUCUGCUUUGGAGCAGAAUACAUCUGCUUCCUAAAAUAUUGAUAAUGAUUGCAAGGAAGGGUGAGACACUAAGUGAAGUAAGGGAGAAAGGAGACUUCAAGAAAAACCCAAGAGGCUUAUUAUAAGUGUCAUUCUCCUCAAUAAGCACUGAGGUGGAUCACCAGAGGACCCUAGGACUCUACAAUGGUCAUAAAUAUGAGUCAGUUGCUAAGCAUCUGAAUUCUGAUCACAUGACCCUCCAGAUGCUGUGUGAAAAAGUCAUGUCACUUUUUCAGUGCUGUUGUAACUUCGAUCACAAAAUGAACUGUUGUAAGUCGAGGAUUACCUGUAUACAUCCAGAUCUGUCUUUACAUCACAUGUGCAUCGCCACAAAUCUUUUUAUGGGGUUCAAACCUUCUCCUGGGAAUGUACCAGUCCAUGUACCUUUAGACAAUUGCAUAGGGUGCAUUAAGUCCUGUACCCAGUUUUGCGCUCCUUCAGACUUCUCCAUGCCAAAAAUCUUUCGCAAAGGAGCGCAAAAUCUCCUCCAAAUUCUUUUGUACAUUUGCAGAAGGUUCUGGCAUGGAGAAGUGAAGAAUUUGGGGGUGGGGUGCGGUUUUACGCUUCAGACUCAACAAAGCUGCCCGACACUUCAAAAGUGGAUCAGGUGUCCUGCACAGGCAGACUUGGUGAGUCAGCGAAGCUGAGCAUGAUGUGCUUGUCCCACUCAGCCGCUGCUUGACUCACGUCUCCAUCUCUGGAGCACUGGGAUUGGACGGGAGAAGGGAACUGCAUGCAAAUAAAGGAUAACAUACAA